GUGGGAGUUCAGGGAAUCGACUGAAGACAUGAAGCGUCUAAGAGACGGAAGGCAAGGUCGGCCCCUAGGGGCAAAUGGUGAUACGACGGGACACCCUAGCGGAGACCAGCUGCCUGAAGUCCUGGCACCUGCCGACGAACCAACGACAAACCGGGCUCGCGGCUGGAUCGUCGACCCCAAUGGGCCAUCCGCCUCCCGUCAAGCCCAGCUGAGGCGGGUCGGAGAGGCGACACUUCGACAACAGGACAGGAUGCCAUGGGGCCAGCGCGCGGCAGCCAUCCAAGGGUGGAUCGACCAACAAACCCAGGACCCGGGGACCGACGCCGAAGAGGAAGUAGAGCCCGAUGGCCGCUUCGCAACCGACGGUGUCCGCUCGGCGCCCAAUCACGACGUCGCCGCCCUGAAUCGCCGUUGGUUCGGGAGUUCUGGGGCUGCCAUCGACGACGACAACGCGACAACGGACACCGACGAGCACGAGACGAUAAUACGCGACGCUCAAAGCCUGGCGUCCACGCUGCAGGACGAAGGGAACAGACACCCACUGGCUCGCGGGAACGAAUGGGACUCGCCCCUUUGGGCCGAGUGGAACCUGGCCGGUCAAGGUCGGGCAGCCACCCCUCCAGCAGUACACCACGAGGACGAAUCCGGGGACGGUGCUGGACCACACUACUCCGACGUGUCCCACGCAAGCGAUACAGGAGGGAAGUAGGACCCCAACGCGACGACGGAGGGUCCGAUUCCGGGUCCCUCAUGAGCCUGGGCUUCGCGCCCCAUGCGAACCAGCAGUGGGCACCAGCCAACCCGUUAGUAGUUAUU